AUGGUCCGACAGUUCAAGUACCACGAACAAAAGCUCCUCAAGAAGGUCGACUUCCUCAACUGGAAGCAAGAUGCAAACCUCCGGGAGAUUAAGGUGAUGCGAAGAUACCACAUCCAGGACCGAGAGGACUACCACAAGUACAACAAGCUGUGUGGUUCCCUCCGCUCCUUCGCACACCGGCUCUCGCUCCUGCCCGUGCAGGACCCCUUUCGCGCGCGCAUGGAAGGCCAGAUGCUCUCCAAGCUGUACGAUAUGGGCGUCCUCAACUCGACUGCGAAGCUCAGCGACGUCGAGAACAAGCUUACCGUCGCAGCGUUCUGCCGGCGCCGGCUUGCGGUCAUCAUGUGCACGUCGAAGAUGGCGGAGGCCGUCAGUGCGGCCGUCAAAUUCAUCGAGCAAGGGCAUGUCAGGGUUGGACCGGACACGAUUACUGACCCUGCGUAUCUCGUCACACGUCAUAUGGAGGACUUCGUGACAUGGGUCGACCAGUCUAAACUGAAGAGAACAAUCAUGAAGUACAACGACGAGCUGGAUGAUUUCGACCUGCUCUAA